ACAAACAGCAUGUUAAAAAAUGGUUAAUUACAGGUUACCAUUUAAUCAGCUUUAAGCAAAAAAUUAUAUUUUAUUCAUUUUGGCAAUCUAUCUGAAAUUAUUACAAUGCUUAAUCAUCCUUAUUGAGUGAGACCAUAGAAAGAAUAUUUACAAAAUCAUCAUAAAUACAAAAGCAAAAGCCUGCCAACCCGUUUCUGCUGACUCUUCAAAAGAUUACCUGGCUAUUCAAUUGCAAAAAAGUGAUAUACUAGUUUCGAUUUAACAUGUCAUCAUUUAUCUUUAAACUCUCUUUGAUCAAUGCAAUAAUUAUCCUUUCCACUUCCGAGAUUUUGCGAAUUCCUGGAAAUUCGAGUAUUCAAAUUACAAACAUUGAUCUGAACUUUCGAAACACAAAAGAAAUAUCAUUUGCCAUAAACACCGAAUUCUCUGGAGUUAUUUUUCAACAACCUGAGUAUAUAACAAUUACAAAAGAUUUUUUCCAAAUCGCUCUGACAGAAAACGGGUUUUUGCAACUAAAAUGGAAGUACAAAGGCGAAAAUUUUGCGAUUACGUCAACCAAUGUGAAACUGAACGAUGGUAAAUGGCAUGUCUUGCAAUUAAAAUUUACCAAUCAAACUUUGAGUCUUUUUACUGACGCUUCGGUCGAAGCCGAGACUUUGACGUCAGUUGCCGAGACGCCGACUUUAUUCGUGUUACGUAAUAGCCAGCAGGACAGCAACGUUGUGAUUGGCUCCGAGUUCAAUGGACAGUUUUGUGUCGAGUUUGGAAAACCUUUUGGCGACGAUCAGUUUUGGAAUGCAACUGGAGAUGUUUUCACGCACCAAAAUUUCCAAGAAAAUUGUUCAGAUGUUGAUCAACUUCAAACUUUUGGCUUCAUCGGGCCGUCUUUGGAUUGUAUUGAUGUCACUGAUGACUGUUCUGACGGCUACGCAUGCGUCAUCUUGGGUGGUCAUAACAUCUGCAGUAUUGAUUGUUCCCGAUUUGGUGCUCCUUGUGAAUCCAAUGCAGACUCAUGUGAGCUUCUGUUUUGUGGUUCUAAUGGUCGCUGCGAGCAACAAUCAGAAGAGCCUCGAAAUUACAGUUCCUGUGUUUGUGAAAACGGAUAUGGAGGUGAAUUCUGUGAUAUCAGGGCACCCGGCUGCCAAAACGGAGAGAUCGGCUAUUAUGUGGUGGCGACGGAACGAGUGGAUGACAAGUGCUACUGGCAGUCAAAGUGUAGCUCUAACCCUUGCUACAACCGUGGAAUCUGCUCAGAUAAACUCAACACAGUCCUAGGCUACGAAUGCUCUUGUCCUCCAGGUUUCAGUGGCCUCAAUUGCGAAGUAAACAUUGAUGACUGCGAAGCUGAAGACGCUUGUUUCAACGACGCAGUUUGUCUCGACCUGGAAGAAGAUCACGCAUGUCUGUGCAAAACAGGAUUCCAAGGUGUGUUCUGCAGCGAAAUAUUCGACGUCUGUAAAUACGUGAGUCCCUGUGGAUCCCACGGAACCUGUUCGAACACUGUGAUUGGCUCAGAGCUGGACGAAACUGACCAAUCAUAUUUCAGCUGUGCUUGUGAUAUUGGCUGGGCAGGAAGACGCUGUGAUGAAGACGUGAACGAGUGUGAACUUUUCGAGCCGUGUGCUAACGGGGGAUCGUGCACUAAUACCGAAGGCAGCUAUAGUUGCAGUUGUAAUAGGAAUUGGGCCGGUGUGAACUGCACUGAAGACGUUAACUUGUGUGAGAAAGACCAUGACUGUGGUGAGAAUGGACAGUGUGUGGAUGAGACUGAAGGCUUCUCCUGUCAGUGUUCGGAAGGCUUCACUGGAGAUACUUGUGAACAGGUGUAUAAUCUGUGUGAAGAUGAUAAUCCAUGUCAAAAUGGUGCUUCAUGCCAAUCAAGUGAUGGCGUUCUUUAUACCUGUGAAUGUGCUAAUGAGUUCUUCGAGGGAGAAAAUUGCACUGAAGUGAAGACUGUAUGCGACGACCUGAACAUAACUUGCACAAACAGCGGCAUGGUCUGCAGUAAUGAUCCUUAUGCAGACAAUGGCUUUAGAUGUGCCUGUCCUCAGGGAUACGUGACUGAAACUGAUAAUUGUGUUGACAUAAACGAGUGUGAGGCUGCUUCUAACCAAUGUGAACACGGAACAUGUUCCAAUCUCGCCGGUAGCUUCGAAUGUUCUUGUAACCUUGGCUAUGAGGGAAUCUACUGCGAUAUUAACAUAGACGAUUGUGUUGGAAACCCAUGCAACAACGGUACAUGUGAGGACAAAGUGAACGGCUUCGGCUGCUCCCAAUGUCCGAAUGGGUUCUUCGGUACUCUUUGCGAUGAGGAAGUCGACGAAUGCAAUGGACACUGUAAUAAUUCCAUCAGCUGCAUAGAUCUAGUCGGAGAUUACGAGUGUGUAUGUAUAGAUGGAUAUACAGGAAAAAACUGCGAGGUAGAGGUUGAUGAAUGUGACCCGAAUUUGUGUCUGAAUGCAGGCAUCUGCGUGAACUUAAUUGGAAGGUAUGAGUGUGUGUGUAAGCCGGGCUACACUGGAUCGAACUGUCAGACGGAUAUCAAUGAGUGCACAGGAAAUCCAUGUCAGAACGGAGGACGAUGUGCGGACGGAAUUAAUGACUACACUUGUGACUGCGAAGGCACUGGGUUCCAAGGACGCAAGUGUGAACACCCGAUAGAUGACUGUCUCGCAGUUCACUGUUACAAUGGAGCCCCAUGUCAAGACGAAGUGAACGCAUUCAUGUGCAAAUGUCACCCGGGAUACUCGGGGGAAUACUGUCAGGAAGACUAUCCAGACUGUGACGUGAGUCCGUGUAGAAAUGGAGGCUUGUGUCUGGAGGUGUCAGAUACUGCCAACUAUCCAAAAAUAGUGCCCCUGAUCAAUCGCAACUUCAGCUUCGAACACGCGGCAGGAUACGUCUGCGUAUGUCCCGAAGGAUUUGAAGACCCGAAUUGUGAGAGCAAAACAGACUACUGUUCAAUCAUGGACGAAUGUGUGGCGAGUCACACGCGCGAUUGUGAGAACCUGAGCCCGGAUGAAGGAUUCUACAGGUGCACUUGUGAAGUUGGCUUCGAGGGCGACAAAUGCGAAGUGAACAUUGACGAGUGUGGUUCGAACACAUGUCAGAAUGAAGGAACAUGUGUGGAUGGAGUGAAUGAGCGAACUUGUGAUUGUGCGACAGGGUAUGCGGGUGAAAAUUGCACGCGAGUGUUGACAAUUUGUGAAAGCAGCAACAAUUGUCAAAACAAUGCAACUUGCGUACCAGAGUUUGAUGGCGAAACACAAACGGAGAAUUACACUUGUACAUGUCAGUCAGGUUUUACUGGAACCCUUUGCCAAAACAUCACUGAUAUCGACCUCUCGACUCCUUUUAUUUACUCGGAAGCACAAAACGAUGACUCUCUUGAGGUCAAACUGCGUAUAAGAACCACCCUUGCGGCUAAAACCGUUUUUUCAUCCCGGAACUACUCUUUGAAAUUGGACAGUUACGGAAAGCUGAAGUUCACACUUGGAGAAAAUGCAUUGGUGUCAGAUACCAGAGUAAACCACGGCGAGUGGGUGUCUUUAGAGGUCAAGUUCGAAAACAACCUUAUGACCAUGAUUUACAGUGACCAGAUUUGUCCGGAGUUUUGCAGCUACACUUUGCAACUUCAAGAUGAAGUUUUCCCUGGCUUUUCAGUUGGUGAUAUUACCCUCGGCGACAAUUUUGAUGACGUAGAUGGCGCCAAUGGUUUCGUUGGGUGCGCUGAAGAUGUAGUAAUCAAUUCGGAGCUUUUGAUUGGAGGAGAGAAUGGGGUUUCAGCGACAGACAAUUGUGAAAGGAUCAAAAAAUGUGAUGAUUUGUCGUGUAAUGGGAAUGGAGCUUGUGUUGAUCUCUGGGAUUCUUAUGACUGCCGAUGUGCUCCGAUGUUCGCGGGCGAAAACUGCGAGCGAGAUCUGAAUAAUGAAUUCGACAUUUCCGCGGGAACUUUCAACUUUGACAACAAGUGCCCAUCGGAAAGCUACGCUAAAUUAGAAAUUUUUCAAGAACAAGUUCUGGAAAUCAGCUUUCAUUUAAGAACCGUGAAAGAAAAUGGAAUUGUGUAUCAUCACGCAGGCGGUAUGUCGGAUGUAUCAAAUCGAGGUCCAAUUGUAGCAGUUGAAAAUUCGCGAGUAAUUAUACAAAUUGGGUCCAGUAAAUAUCCUACGGAUGUCGAAGUCACAGACGGAUUACCCCAUCAAAUAGUUCUGAAAUAUGGAUAUGCUAAUGGUGGCAUGUCUUCCCUUUCUGUCGACAACGGAUCAGAAAUAUCUUUUCAGUUAUCUGAUGAUUUGAUGAGUGGAAUUAGUUAUAGAGAUUUAUUCUUCAGCAUUGCAGAAGAAUUGUCGUCUAGUGGCCUAAACUUGGGUUCCUUUAAAGGGUGCAUUUCGGAUGUGCGAUUAAUCUCUAAAGCGACUACUAAUGCAGACAGUAGUUUAAAAUACUACAGUUUGAGGUUCGACGAAAGCGCACCUGAAGUAAGCGGAUUCACAUCGAGAAGUUUCACAAAAUUGGAAUGCAUUCGAGCACAAUGCGAGUCGGAUAAUGUAUGCGGGUCUGAUCCGUGUCAAAAUAGCGGUGUCUGUCAGCCUUCUUGGAACGAGUAUACAUGCGAUUGCCAAACAGGGUGGGCAGGAAUUAAUUGCGAAGAGACUAAUUUCUGCGAUGGAAAUCCGUGCGAAGAUUCUGAGAACUGUGUCAAUGGUGUGUUUGGUUUCGAGUGUCAUGAUCCGAUAUCAUUUAAGGACGGAUUCGUCCAAGUGAAACCCGAGGAGGCGAACACACUUCAAGAGCUUGUAAGUAUAUAUCUUGAAUUGAGAACACGCAAAGAAUUCGGAACUGUGUUCCACAUGCAAGGGGAAUCAUCUAGUUGUUUCAUCAACAUGCAGAUCUCCAAUGAUAAAACUCUUCUGAACUUUCGAUUUGGAGAAUCAGCGACUGUAACAAAUGCUGAAAUUGAACAAAAUUUAGCAGACGGGCGAACAAACAUGAUCAAUAUAGUUGUUGGUGACGACGGAACAGUUUCAUUGCAAGUAAACAAUUCCCAGAUUUCUGCGACAACUCCCGAAGCUGCAUCCCGACCAACGGUAGAAUGCAUAGCGGGCGAUUCAAUUUGGAUCGGAGGUUUCAGCUCUGAAAAUGCUUCACUAACAAACGAGCAGUCAACGAAUGUCGUGAAUCCACAACCCGCAAUUGAUGGCUGCAUUUCGAACUUCAGAAUAAACAAUUUGUUUGUUCCGCUGCAGCCGAAUUUUGGGUCCAAUUUGAACUUCACUUUUGUGGCUAGUGAAAAUGUAGAAUUCGGCUGUAGUAGUGAUGCAUGCAGCACUAAUGCAAGUGUGUGUGAGAACGGAGGCACUUGUGUAGAUGAAUGGAGAGCCUUCAGUUGCGACUGUGUAGCAGGCUUCGAAGGCGAAACUUGCCAGAUGAACGCAGACGACUGCCUUGAAGUCACUUGUUCGGGACACGGCCAAUGCGUAGACGGUAUCGACAAGUACUCGUGCAAUUGUCAAAGCGGUUAUGUAGGAUCAAAUUGUGAACUGGACGUGAAUGAGUGUGAACAAUCUGACGAUGCAAAUGAAGAUGUGUGCAAAAAUGGGGGUACUUGUUCUAAUACAGAAGGAAGCUACGAGUGUAAUUGCACGGAAGGUUGGCAAGGAGAGAUUUGUGAAACCCUGACAAUAAAUACGCUCACUUGCAACGACGCUAAGGAUCCAUGUAAUGAACGUGGGGUAUGCAGCAACAACCCUCAAAAUGAGCCUCAAUUUGAAUGUGAAUGUUACCCUGGCUAUCACGGAAUUCAGUGCGAAGAGCAAGAGGAUUUAUGCAGGUCGCAUCCAUGCGAGAAUGCAAAUGCGUGUUCAACGGUCAUUGAUGACAACGUUCGGACAGCAACAUAUAAUUGUGCGUGUAUAUCCGGGUGGGAAGGAAAAAAUUGUACCAAGAAGGUUGACCUUUGCGAGGAACAGGAAGUCACGUGUAAUGGGAACGGAGAGUGUGAAAACUUUCAAGACUACUUCAGGUGUAAUUGCUCCUCAGGCUAUAGAGGGACAAAUUGCAGUGAAAACAUCAACGAAUGCGAACAAAACUAUCCUUGUGUAUUGCAAAAUACAGAACAAUGCGAAGACACUGUCGGCUCCUACAGUUGUAACUGCUCAUUCGGGUUCGAAGGUAAAAACUGCGAAGCUGAGACCAACUUCUGUGACAAACUUCCGUGUCAAAACAACGGCUCGUGUUCCAAUAAUAUCCAAAUAAGUGAUCUUGGUUAUGAAUGCGACUGUAAUAACACGGGGUUCGAAGGUACGAACUGUGAUGUAGAUACAAACGAAUGUGAUGUUUCGCAAAAUCUAUGCGACAAUGGAGUUUGUGUCAAUACUGAGGGUUCAUAUUUCUGCGACUGCGUAAGAACAGGGUUAAAAGGCGAAACUUGUAGCGAGCCUUGUUUUGAUAAUGUAACGUGUGCCAAUGAAGGUACAUGUGUCGAAAGUACCAAUUCUACAGUUGCGUCAUGUGGAUGCACGUCAAACUUCGAAGGAAGUUUUUGCCAAGUUGAGAAGGCUGCACAAGAAAGCGAAGACGAUGAUUUCGUAACGUCCACAGCAGGAAUAGCUAUUUGGGCUGCUCUCGCAUUUGUUUUGUUGGCUGUUUUGAUAAUUGUGGUGGUUAUCAUUGUUGUGUUGCGAGGUUCCAGGGCAAAAACAGGCGAAUACCAACCGCGAGACGCGGAGUCCAGAAGCAAAGCUUUUUCGAUACCUAUUGAGUUCGCAGACCUCCAACUACCGAAAGAAGAGCGUCUGAUUUAAAUCAAUUCAACAUCAUUUUCUCUACCCUUCCGUGCUAAAUUAGAAACUAGUUAGACUAAGCCAUUGUGCAAAUAAGUUGUUGACCUUUAUUGUAAAUAUCAAUUCGAUUUUGCUAUUGAAUAAUUUGAUAAAUUUAAUUUUGCUGGAAUA